AGUUUCUCGGUGUGGCCAACAGAUGGCAGCGUAGCAGCGCCGUCUGAAUUGUGUCAGCAGUACGAGAAAGCUUUGUUAAACGUUAACAGCAGUAACUGUGGCAUAAUCAUUUGCAUACAGAAGUCGUAAUGCUCUUCUCUCUUUGCUCUGUCCGUUCAUUCAUGUGAUUUAACAGCGACAAUUACAUCAAAAUAGAUUUACAAACCAGCAUUUGUAGACUAAAGGUCCCCGGACUCGUACACGUUUAGUGAACUUUCGCGCCCGGAGAUCAACGCCUCGUGCUUCUGUGUGUGCCGUCGUUUUGUGCUUAAGUCGUUCAAUGUUAUUCAUUUUGUGCACCUACGUUCACGUGUGACAACUUUCGUCUCUGUAUGUGUCCAAGUGUCUGAACAAUUUUAUCUUGGACUCUACGCUAGUGAACGGCACCGUGUAUUUUAAAACGUGAUUUUCUCCGUUUUUAUGUCCACCAUCUUUUUGUCUCUCUAAUUGUCUUCAUUUGUAUGUUACUAUGUUUGUGUUUCUCUGAGGCCAAAGAGCGGCGUAGUAUGCUGCUGCAGGCCUGCCUGACGCCAGUAAACAGGUUUCAAAAUAACAACAAAGAAAAAACAAACUUUCACAGUAUUACAUCGUACUCAAUGACUUAUGAUGCAGUAUAUUCAUAAUAUUACGUGUUGAGUUCCUCCAUACUGUGAUUCCAUAUCACACAUAUGGUUCAAAAAGUCCAUGAUAGGCAGCGCACAAGAGGUCUUGGUGGCUAAAAUUCCCUCUGAUUAUAUAGUCUACCAAGGACUGAACUAGUACACAAGAGCUUCCAUAUCCAGUGGCUCUAUAUAAUCUGGUAGCCAGUUCAUAGCCUACAGAAGAUAGGAAUGAAGUGCCAACCUAUUCUGAACUGAGAGUGCAGUCUGUAGCAAAUUAUGUGGAGAGUUUGCAUAGCAACAGUAGUAAUACAAGGUGUCCAACAAAGGACUUGCUAACAUUAGAAUUAAAUAGCAUGAAAAUAGUAGAACAGACAUUAUGUUUAUUGUGAAAGCAGUAAGAACUUUAUACACAAGCUUUGAAAUAAUAGUUACAAAACAUGGAACUGUCAUAGCAAAACAAUGUACUUAUAAAUAAUACUCCAAAGUUCAGAGCAAUCAGUUAAUCAACUUCAAAUGGAGAGGCAGCAUGUAAAUGUUGGGCCAGUGGCAGCUGUAGUUACUCCUGAAGAUGUCACCAUAGUUUCUGAAAGAAUACAGCAGAAUAUGAGGAAAUUUUCCCAAACAAUUUCUAUAGAGGCUGGUUUGAAGUGUUCAAGGAUGCAUACACUACUGAGAAAUGGUCCACAUAUGUUCCUAUUCAAAAUCCAAAGCCACCGGGUCAUAUCUGUAACCACUAUGAAAUAAAGGGCUUACUGCAGACCAAAUUCUCACAAUAAGUGAAGGAUUUGGUGCUGGCUGCAUCUGGUUUACUGGUUAGGGAUACAUCCAUCUGAAUGUGUUGGAGAAUAAGAAAACUGGCAAUUUUGAGGUACCAAAAAGCCCCUUCUGUAUGAAGAAAAACCAUUGCAUUCUCCUAAAGCUAUUGUUUAGGCUUGUGAUAUGCAGCAGGCAUACAAUGAGCCCUUAUGUCAUGCAAGAAUCAGUAGCUAGUAAACAUUAUAAUUUUUGAAAAGUUUGUCAUCAAACAAUAAGCAUUAGAGCAUCAAUGUGCACUGAGUGAUUCAUGCAAAAUGGGGCCUGACCACAUCCGACCAAACAGGUGUUCCACUUUCUUGAGGAAUACUUUGAGAAUAGGGUCAUUGUGUGGAUUAUCCCAUUUUUAUGGACACAGGCAUGGAAAGCCUCCAUAUUCACUCAGUCUGACUUUUGGGACUACUUUUCUGGGACACGUUGAAAUACAUUAUCAACUGGGACCAUCCCACCACACUGGAUGAAUAUGAACUGUUUGCAUUGCAACUGAAUCCUUAAUAAAAAGAAAAUAUGGCUUCGAAUUCAAUUUUUCUGAAUCUACAAGAGAAAAUACUCAGUCAACUACAUGCAUUGACAAUAUUUUAACAAAUUAUGAAUUUGAAGAUGGAUAUAAAUUUUGUCUAGAUCUAGGAAUUUCUGAUCAUUCAGCAUUAUUCAUUGAGCUACCCCGAGCAGGUAGAGAAGUCCCAUGUAAAAAAGCUUAUGUAAAAAGGAUCUUCAACCAAGAAACUUUGACUCUAUUCCAUGAUAAGCUCAAGGAGACAGAAUGGCACUUUGAUAAAAAAUAUUUCAUGCACAGCAAAUUUUGAAGCAUUUCUAGGGGAUUUUCUAAGUGUUUUCAAUGAAAUGUUUCCACAAAAGACUUAUUUUAAUAAAAUGACAAAAUUAAAAUGGAUCACUAAAGGUAUAAAAAUCUCCAGUGCUAAGAAAAGGCAGCUACAUAAGGAACCAAGACAUAAUAAAAAAAUUGAAUUUAUUGAAUAUGUUAAACGAUACAAAAUUACAUUUAAGAAAGUUGUCAAAGCAGCAAAGCAAAUGACACAUAAUAAAUUAUUCUUAAAACAUGAGAAUAAAUCAAAGGCAGUGUGGUCAGUUGUAAAACAAGAAUUAGAUACCAAAUCCUCUAGACAUGGAAUUAGUACAAUUAAGCUUGAAGAUGAGAUCAUUGUAAAUCCGGCUAGAAUUUCAGAAUGCUUCAAUGAGUUCUUCAUUAAUGUAGUGAAACCAGAGGUUAAUAUUGCAGAUUAUGAGAACAAUGUAUGUCCCUUUGGACUAAAUCAUAAUUCUGAAUGCCUCUUUAAAUUCAAAACAGUUUCAACAAUAGAUGUAGAAAAAAUUAUAUUAAAACUAAAAAACAAAAAUUCUGCAGGUUGGGAUGGAAUACCAGCAAAAGCCCUUAAAUUUGUGUGUAAAAUAAUAGGAUACCCACUAUCUAAAGUAAUAAACCAAUCCUUUGAACAAGGAAGCUUCCCAGAGGUACUGAAGUAUGCAGAAGUAAAACUGUUGCUCAAAAAGGGUUCAAGAGAGGAUAUGGGGAAUUAUCGUCCCAUCUCCCUCCGUCCAGUCCUAUCAAAAAUGUUUGAAAACGCUGCUGCUAUGCAGAUUCAAAAUUUUAUGGAGAAAUAUGAUAUUAUUACGGAAAACCAAUUUGGUUUCCAGCGUGGCAAAAGUACUACUGAUGCAAUUAACAAGUUUAUCGACAAGAUCAGCACAUCAUUAGACAACCAUAAUAAAGUAGCAGGAAUAUUUUGUGAUCUCACAAAAGCCUUUGACUCUGUAAAUCACGCACUGCUCAUCUAUAAGCUUGACAAGAGUAAUGUUCUAAAUUGGCUUACUUCAUACUCAUCAAAUAGGAAACAGAGUGAUUGUCUCAUCAAAUGCAGCAAAUUACUAUUCAAAAUGGAAAACAGUAGCCCAAGGUGUCCCUCAAGGCUCGAUUCUAGGACUUAUUUUGUUAUUGUUCUAUAUAAAUGAUUUACCGAACAAUAUAAAUGCUCCAUUGAUUUUAUUUGCAUAUGACACAUCUGCAUUAACUGAAAACCAGAAGCCCAAAAACAUCCCUCUCUACAUAAUAAACACAAUGAACAAACUAGAAACAUGGUUCCAACUGAAUGGAUUAAGAUUGAACAUCCCCAAAACCCGCAUGGUCCAGUUCAGAACAAAACAGUCAAAGCCCCAAGAAAUUAAAAUAACUCAUAAAAAUCAGGAUAUAGAAGAAGUGGAUUCUGUCAAGUUUUUAGGGUUAAACUUAGAUAAAAAUUUAAAUUGGAAUAAACAUGUUGACUACCUGCUAAACAAAUUAUGUAGCUUUGCAUUUGCUAUGCAAAUAUUAGCUGGUGCAACAGACAUGGAUACAAGGAAAAUUGCAUACCACAGCUACUUUCAAUCAGUUGUAAGGUAUGGUAUUAUUUUUUGGGGAAAUUCAAGCAAUAUAUUGCGCAUAGUAAAGUUGCAGAAAAGAAUAAUAAGGAACAUGUGUACUGCCCAUCAAAUGGUUCAAAUGGCUCUGAGCACUAUGGGACUUAACAUCUGUGGUCAUCAGUCUACUGCCCAUCCAAGGACAUCAUGUUGCCUACUAUUUGAAAAACAACAGUUAUUAACAGUUCCCUCCUUAUACAUGUAUGAUAUUAUCAUCUUUCUACAUAGCAAUUUAGAGUUAUUCGAGAAAAACUGUUUCAAUCACACAUAUAAUAUGAGAAACAAAGACAAUUUUAUGCUUCCCACUAAUCGCUUAAACCUAUAUGUGCAGUCUCCUUAGUAUAUGGCAACGAAAAUUCAUAACAAGCUAAAAGGAAAGAAUGUUCUGAGUAUGAACCUAGAGACACUGAAAUCAAAGCUAUAUGAUAUACUUGUCAAACGCUGCUACUACACUGUUGGGGAGUUCAUGAAAGAUGAACUGAACAUUUGAGCAGGAUAAAUUUACAUAUAGUCUUGUGUGUAAAUGUAGCUAUCCUUCACAAAAAGGAGGAAAGAAAAAUAAAAGUUUAUAAUAAUGUUAAAAUUCUUUGUACCAAUCAGGCCUAAGUUAAGUUAUCCAUUUUUUUGACCUGUCUCCUGUACACUAAUAAUAUGAUUAGAAAUUGUAUGUUAUGAGACGAAUAAAACACUAUUCACUAUUCAUUUCCAUACAUUUCAAGAUGUGUUAACAAAUGAUGAUCAGUGAGCAUUUUGAAAAGAUUGUGAUGUGAUUGCAAAGGCUGCUUGCUAAAGAUAAAUUUAUUUAUGCAUGCUGAUAAAAGCAGACAUUAUACAGUGCCUUAGCAGUUUUUCUAAGUAUUAUUCAUAACUUCUGUACAAAAUUCUUUGUGUUCAAAAUUAAUCUACCAUUCAUUCAAUUCUUUUCUUUUCUGUGUUAGUUAAUUAUAAAUCAGGGAGUCCUUGGUUGGCUACCCUUUAUAUUUAUAGUUAAUGAAAACCCAGCAACUACACACACAAUUCUUCAGUCCGCAGAUCUUCAAACUUCCACUCCUAGGUACUCCACAAUGAAGAAAAGGGAGCAGAAUGAUAAAUAUGGUCCUGAAAUUGAGUCAAUCACUAAUACACUGCAGGACGUUGAUGAUGAAACAGAUAUUUUUGCUAAAUUUUUGGGAGCAUAAAUCAGAAAAAUUGUUCCGAGGAGAAAAGGGAUGUAAACCUAAUAUUAAUGAAAGUCUUGUGUAAAUCAUUAAAUGAAUAAAUUUUAUAUUGGAAUGUAAUUUGCUUUAGGACUAUGGAGUUAUAAUCAGCACUUUUUUUACUGUGA